UACUGCUGGUACCGAGUGCGCGUGCUGUGCGGACGGCGGUAUUGCGUUUCAGUGGAUUUCGGUGUUAUGCCGUUCCUUUCGCGGGAAUAUCUCUGAGUGAGCGGCAAACAUGACGAAUUCGGUGCCGGACAGAUGGUUGGAGUACAAAGCUUUCGGCGAUGUGAUCAAGGGUACCAAGAUCUUAUCGUUCAAAGUUCCACUGAAGGACGCCAUAGCGAGGAAUCUGCAGCCGGAGCAACGAUUUACUUCGGCAAUAUUGCUGCAAGCAUUUCCACAUCUCAAGUAUAUCGUCGACUUGACCAAUACAUGUCGCUACUAUGACAAAAAGGAAUUUACAAAUGCUGGUGUUAGAUAUGAGAAGAUUGCCAUACCAGGGAGGAAGAUCCCGCCUAUGGAUAUAAUCAAAAAAUUCUUUAAAGUGAUGGAUGAUUUCAUGUCGGCAUGCGGUGAAGAUGAACUUAUAGGAGUCCACUGCACACAUGGAGUGAACCGUACUGGUUACUUAAUUUGUAGAUAUCUCAUUCAGCAACUAGGUUGGGAAAUUCAAGAUUCUUUAAAAGCUUUCGGAGAGGCACGCGGAUACCCCGUCGAACGCGACGUUUACCUCGCCGCGUUGCAGGAAGUCCAACGCGGUGAGAAGAUCGACACGAGUCAAGUUGUAUUGACGCCGGAUCCUAUCAUAACCUCGAAUAAAAAGAAUUCGUUGAAGAUACGCCCACUGUUGAAGAACUCGUCAGGCCGACCGAUGGGACGUACGCUACCGGCAUACGCGAUGUCGCGAGGUUUCGCGAACGGCAGGCCAUUCUCGCCGCCGAGAUUCGCGGGUCCACCGCCGGGAUUCGGCCCGAUGCCACCUCCGCCUGGUAUGCCGCCUAUACCGCCGCUCUACGGACCGAGACCGUUUAGGUACGGGCCGCCGCCGAUGCGCCAGGCGAUGCCGCCGACACCGCCCGGGCCGGGUUUCCCGCAUCCCGGUUUUCCGCCGCGUAUGCCAGGCCCCCCGAGGAUGGCGGGUCCAUCGAGAAUCGGGCCGGGCGGCCCGACCGCGCGGUUACCGCCGCCGAAGAUGCCGCCGCCGCCGCCUCCGCUUUCCAGAUCGACCAAACAGCUUCAGGCGCAAAAGAAGCAGCAUAUUAGGAACGGAAUUAUAGAGCGCGCGAUGAACAUUCGCAUGAGGCGAAACGGCCCGGUCAGCAACAGAGUCAUGCCCAAAGCGCAUAAGGAGCAAGAUUUCACCGUCGACACGUUCGAGGAAAAUCUGCUUACGACCACGGUUGUCGCGAAACCACGACGGCAAACGAGGGGACGCUUUAAUCAAGUCAAGUGACCAUGUAUUCGCUAGGAAUGCGAUGAUACUUAACGCAGAGUUUUCCAUUUUUGGACACAGUUAAAGCAGAGAUUUACAGUGUCUAAGAUAGCUCAUGCGCAUAGUCAGUCGGUUGUUCUGUGACGAACAGAGAUACCUCACAGUUUGCACGAUUAUUUUUAAACUGAUUGUAGCGCGAACGGAUUCGAGUUACAAUAACGUGUGAAUUGUUACAUCGAUAUCAAUAACACACACCUCCCAAACAGUAGAUAUUAUUUACUGAUAUAUUUUAUAUUGAAAACAAAUAGUAACGAACUUCGGAAAUCUCACGAUACUAAUGUCCGUCUCUGGCUUAUAUCUAUGUAUACAUAUUUUUAUUUUAGUAAUUAAAUAACUUUAUUAUUAUAUUAAUUAAAUUGUAACUAAUGUAAUAAUAAGAUUUUAAUAAGGUUAUUCAUAGACAUAGUAUCGUAAGAUUGCGAUAGAAAACAAUUGGGAGUAUUUGUGUAAAAUAAAUAGUCGUUUAUAUGUUUGUUUAAUGGAAGAACGAAAUAUUAUGUACCUAAAAGACAAGAGCAUAAAUGUCUUAAGUGGCCCUUAGACGAUCAUAUUAUAUAAUUAUAUAAUAUUGCAGUACAAUAUUAUACUGAAUUACAGUUUGAUACAUAUAUUGUGCAAUAAUACUGAUUGUCUAGAGGCCGCUUUACAUGUAUAGGUACUAUUAAUUGUAGAUUAAGUGUGAGCACAUUAAUAACUUCUUACAAUUCGUCAUUAUUUUAUGAAAUUUUUGUUUAAAUAUUUAAUAUUCUUGUUUUGCAUGAUACGAAUUGCACACACUUAAAAUCACAAAUUUUAUUUUUUAUUAAAAAUGAGUAAUAAUGAUUAAUAUGAAUUAGCUAAAAAUCAAAACAGAUGGAAAUAGAGUGGACAGUAACUCUGUGUACGAUAUUAAAUAAAAUGUGUGCAUUUAGAUAUACACUAAGAGAUACACACUAUACCAAAAAAAAA